AUGAUUCCUGACAGGAUAACUCUACAGAAUUUGGAGAAGAAAUCGAACGAGAGCUUCAGACAGUACGCACAGAGGUGGAGAGAAAUGGCAGUGCAUGUGCAACCACCUCUUUUGGAAAAAGAAAUGACGACGCUUUUUAUUAAUACAUUGAAAGCCUCAUUCAUCACUCACAUGUUGGGAAGCGCUUCAAAGAAUUUCUCGGAUAUAAUCAUGAGCGGCGAAAUGAUCGAGCAUGCUAUUAAAAGUGGAAGAAUAGAUGGAUGGGAGAGCAAUAAAAGGACAGGCCCAAGAAAAAGAGAAAAUGAAGUGAAUAAUGUGAAUGCCUACAGUAAAUCAAUUACUGUGAGUCAACCAAGGAAAGCAGUCAUUAAUCAACAGGGCUCAUCGAAACAAGAGUCGGGAAUGAGGCAAAAUACUGAGAAGCCCCAGUUCACUCCCAUUCCAAUGACAUAUAAGGAGCUGUACCAGAAUUUAUUUAAUGCACAUGUUGUCGCUCCUCGUUACUUGAGUUUUGUACAACCCCCAUAUCCAAAAUGGUAUGACACAAACGCUCAGUGUGACUAUCAUGCCGGAAUUUCAGGACACUCGAUAGAAAAUUGUACUGCUUUCAAGAAGGUAGUGGAAGGACUUAUCAAAUUGGGUGUUGUCAAAUUUGUUAACUCACCCAACACAGAAAGUCCGUUGCCCAAUCAUGAUGAAGGGGUGAAUGCGAUAAUUGAAAAUGGAGGAAGGAGAGUCAAAGCCAAUGUAGCAGAGAUAAGGACCCCCCUUGAAUGGGUUUGGAAACAAAUGGUGAAAGGAGGACGCAUCAAGCAAGAUUCAAUAGAAAAGCCUGAAGGAGCAAAAGAAGGAGAAGUUUAUGCUGCAGAAGAAGGAUCCACGGGGAAAGCCCAAAAGGCUAAUCACCCAGUGGUAAUUAUUUCAAAACCAAUGAGCAGAGAAUCUGGAAUUCAAAUAGCGCCAAAGGUCAUAAUCCAAAAACCUGUAUCCUUUCCUUACGAGGAUAGUAAAAAGGUUCCUUGGAAUUACGACUGCAAUGUGACAAUUCCAGGGAAAGAGAGCUUGGUAAAUGCUUCAGGAGAAGAUGAAGGAUUCUAUACACGAAGUGGAAAACGCUAUGAUCCGACAAACGCAAAAGUGGAAUCCGGAUAA